UUGGGCAAAGUCCAGGAAGAUUUUUCAGGCGUCGGGAUAGAAAAAUAACGUCUUUCUCCGAAGCACAGUUUGUGGUCCAGACGUCCAGUACUGUUGACCUGUCGAGAUGGCCGACAACAGAGACAAAGCUACCGAUCAAAUGAAGAUAUGGAAGGAGAACAGGGGGUCUCAGAAGACAGAUACGCUGACCACAGGGGCUGGUCAUCCUGUUGGCGACAAGCUGAACCUGCAGACUGCAGGACCGAGGGGCCCCCUGCUGGUCCAAGAUGUGGUCUUCACAGAUGAGAUGGCCCACUUUGACAGGGAACGAAUCCCAGAGAGAGUGGUGCAUGCCAAAGGUGCAGGGGCGUUCGGCUACUUUGAGGUGACUCAUGACAUCACCCGCUACUGCAAGGCCAAGGUGUUUGAGCAUGUCGGCAAGACCACACCUAUUGCUGUCCGCUUCUCCACCGUGGCGGGGGAGUCAGGAUCAGCAGACACAGUACGAGACCCCCGAGGCUUUGCUGUCAAGUUUUACACUGAUGAGGGCAACUGGGACCUGACAGGAAACAACACCCCCAUUUUCUUCAUCAGGGACGCCCUGCUGUUCCCAUCCUUCAUCCACUCCCAAAAGCGUAAUCCCCAAACUCAUAUGAAAGACCCCGACAUGGUGUGGGACUUCUGGAGUCUGAGGCCUGAGAGUCUGCAUCAGGUGUCUUUCCUGUUCAGUGAUCGAGGUUUGCCUGAUGGUUACCGCCACAUGAAUGGCUACGGCUCUCACACCUUCAAACUGGUUAAUGCUGAUGGGGAGCGCGUCUACUGCAAGUUCCACUACAAGACUGAUCAAGGAAUAAAGAAUCUGACAGUGGAGGAGGCAGACCGCUUGGCUUCAACCAACCCAGAUUAUGCUAUCGGAGACUUGUUUAAUGCCAUUGCCAAUGGCAACUGUCCGUCCUGGACCUUUUACAUCCAGGUCAUGACAUUCGAGCAGGCCGAGAAGUUCCAGUUCAACCCCUUUGAUCUCACCAAGGUUUGGUCACACAAAGAAUACCCUCUGAUCCCCGUGGGCAAAAUGGUUCUCAACAGGAACCCAGUCAACUACUUUGCAGAGGUGGAGCAGCUGGCCUUUGACCCCAGCAACAUGCCACCAGGCAUUGAGCCGAGCCCUGACAAGAUGCUGCAGGGUCGUCUCUUCUCCUACCCAGACACACAUCGUCACAGGCUGGGAGCCAACUACCUGCAGAUCCCUGUAAAUUGUCCCUUCAGGGCCCGUGUGGCCAACUACCAGCGUGAUGGUCCGAUGUGCAUGUUUGACAACCAAGGUGGAGCUCCGAACUACUAUCCCAACAGCUUCAGUGCUCCAGAGACCCAGCCUCGGUUUGUGGAGUCCAAGUUCAAGGUGUCUCCAGAUGUGGGCCGUUACAAUAGUGCAGAUGAAGAUAAUGUCACACAGGUUCGUGCCUUCUACACCCAGGUGCUGAAUGAAGAGGAGCGCCAGAGACUUUGCCAGAACAUGGCAGGGGCCCUGAAGGGAGCUCAGCUCUUCAUCCAGAAACGCAUGGUCGAGAACUUGAAGACUGUCCAUCCGGACUAUGCUAACAGGGUUCAGACCCUUCUCAACAAAUACAAUGCAGAGGCCCAGAAGAACUCAACCGUGCGUGUUUACAGCCGUCCAGGAGCCUCAGCCAUCGCUGCGUCCUCUAAGAUGUGAUGCCUUAAAUGUCUAUCAGGGGCAGCCCCUCUCCCUUCUCUAAGAACAAAUGCACUUAUGUUACAAACUGCUACUACCAGUAACAAGAUCAGACAGCACUUGACUUAAAUACUAACCAUGUAUUGUCAGGGUGGGGGUUAGUUCAUUUCUAAUCCAAUCCAAACAAUUGAUUUUCUUCAAAAUUCUCAAAGCUGGCAACAUUCAAGAAGCUCAAGGUUUGUGAUAAAGCCUGAUGAGGCAAAUUUGUCUUGAGUGAGCAGCAAUUUUGAAAAAAAUUACAAAUAUUUUUCUUUCUUUUUUUUUUUUCAAACCAAAACAGACAUGGUGUCUAGUUUUGACCAUUGACUGGUUAUACCACUUGACAUCUGCCACACAAGGCCUUGAAAGUAAUCAAUGAAAUUUAAUGAAUUAAUCCCAACCACUGUGAAGCAGUAUAUUAAGUGAUGAUUGUUUCCAAUAAUUCCUCAGGUUGUCUGUGUAUACUACUAUGUUCUUAUAAUCCAACGCUUUGCUAAAAUUUAAAGAAAACAAACAGCCGUUCAGAAUUCCUUCUGUCAACAUUCAAAAAACAUUUGAGGCAAAAAAGAAAUGUAAUUCACCAACAUGUUCCUGACAGCUGCUUCAGUUUUGAAUCUGGGUUCAAGCUGGUAAAAUACCUGAUUGACAUGGCUUUGCUAAUGGUAUUGUUUUGUUUUCAGUACAGGCAAUGAUGAGUUUUGUCUAGUUUUCUCCAUGCUUGACUGAACCACUGACUAUUUUAAAACACUGCAGACAAUUAUGAAUUAUGAAACAACACAAUAUGUAAAUUCAGAUUAGUAGAAAUGGCAAAGAGAAAUCUUGUUUCAUUGUGGGCGUCUAUGUCUCAUCAGAUGCAUUUCAUGAAGAGCAAGUUUUAAGAUGAGAUAUUUUCCUUACAACUUAAACACUCUUCAGUGCCUUUUUUGUACAAAAUAUACAAUAUACAGGUGACUUCAACCUUUAAUCUAAAAUAAUCUGUUAUGAAUUGAUCUGUUUAAUUUUGGACACUUAUUCAAAUGUAGAAAGAGACUAUGUUUUAGUGCCAUUAGUAACAUAAGUAGUAACAUAAUUUGUAAGAUAGAAAUUGCCAGUAAAUUCACAGUGACUAAUACAUUCUGAUCUGAAAUGGUAUUCAUUUUUAAAAUGAACAAGUCCCCAAAAAUGCCCUUCUGGUGUGGUGUCUUUAAGGUUAAAAGUUACAAAAUGCGACAAAGUUUUGAAAGGAGCCUAAUUAUUUCCUACUCACCAGAGUUGAGCCAUAAUUCUUCAUUCUGUCAACUGUGAAGAGAUGAGAGAGGAGACGUUAAAAUCAGCCUCAGAGCCAAAAUAAAUUGUCCAUGUAAACUGCUAUUGUUGUGUAUUUGUAAACUCUUACAUUUUUGCUCUGAAUAUAACUGAUUUUUAAUUAUUCUUAUUAAGGUUCAAAGUUGUGAACCUCCUUGAGAUGUGAUGUGAUGUGUACUUCAUGCCUGUAUUAAUUAAUUUGUAAUUAAAUCUUAUCAGCAGCUUUCA